UCUUGGUAACAACAAGGAUGAAAGCCUUUUUCUUUGUAUCGACUGUAUGUCUGGUCGCAGUUGCCCACUGUAACACUAUGUCAAUGUACGUCAACAGGUUUGGCUCAAGCAACGGAAUGAACUUUCCAUACACUUUAUCAGUGGGAGCGGGUUCCCCACUUGGCGGUUUUGCUCCAAGCUACAGUGGAAUCUCAAUGGGGGGACUAGAAGGUGGUGGAGGAAGUAUCAUGGGUGGAGGAGGCCUCAUGAAUGGAGGAAGUCUCAUGGGCGGAGGAAGCCUCAUGGGAGGUGGAGGAAGUAUCAUGGGUGUUGGAAGCUCCAUGGGUGUAGGAAACCCCAUGGGCGUAGGAAGCCCAAUGGGUAUUGGAAGUCUCAUGGGUGGAGGAAGUCUCACGGGUGGAGGAAGUCUCAUGGGUGUAGGAAGCCCCAUGAGUGUAGAAAGUCUCAUGGGUGGAGGAAGCGCUAGCCUCAUGGGUGGAGGAAGUCUCAUGGGUGGAGGAAGCCCCAUGGGUGUAGGAAGUAUGAGUGGAGGAAGCCCCAUGGGUGGAGGAAGUAUCAUGGGUGGAGGAAGUCUCAUGGGUGGAGGAAGUCUCAUGGGUGGAGGAAGCAUCAUGGAUGGAGGAAGUCUCAUGAGUGAAAGAAGUCUCAUGGGAGGUGGAGGAAGUCUCAUGGGUGUAGGAAGCCCAAUGGGUGGAGGAAGUCUCAUGGGUGGAGGAAGCCUCAUGGGUGGAGGAAGUCUCAUGGGUGGAGGAAGCCCCAUGAGUGUAGAGAGUCUCAUGGGUGGAGGAAGCGCUAGCCUCAUGGGUGGAGGAAAUCUCAUGGGUGGAGGAAGCCUCAUGGAUGGAGGAAGUCUCAUGGGUGGAGGGAGCCUUAUGAAUGGAGGAAGUCCCAUGGGUGGAGGAAGUCUCAUGGGCGUAGGAAGCCUCAUGGGAGAUGGAGGAAGCCUUAUGGGAAGUGAAGGAAGCCUCAUGGGAGGAGAAAGAAACUCUUAUGGGAAAUAACUUAAUUAUCUUAUUAAACAAUUCAUGAACUUGGCGAAUACGAGACUCAGAUGAAUUUCAAGAAACACUUUAUGAUCCGCAUUAGCAGAAAAAAUCCAAAUAAAACAGAAAUAAAUAAACUU